AUGUUCUUAAGUCUUGUGUAUUUCAGCUUGCUUUUUGACAUAUUUCUCGUCAAGUUGUUACUUCCCAAGCCUGUUAAGAAAGAGUCUGUUAUAAUUAUACCAGCUUUUGGGGUACAGCUUGAGACUCAGUAUGUGAGUGGAAAGGUCACCUGGUGCUUUGUUCCCAUUGACAAGAUUCUGAAACUUGUUCUUGUAGAAUGUGUGACUCCAGUGACUUGUUACUGGACUCUGUCCUUGAUUGUUCGUGGGGAAUCGGAAGUCGUGUUGGUUUUCAAGAACUUACGACCACCGGUGAAAAUGCUAGUCCAUGUCUGGAAGGCCCUUCGUGUGGCAACUGAUUGUAAAGAAGAAACUUGUGCACCUGCACCGUGAAUGAUGAACAUCUAUGGUUAUGCCGAUUCUCGACGCCUUUGAUAUGAUCUGAAGUUUGGGGUGUUUUCUUCAAUGGCGUGAUAUAUGAAAUCUGUAUCAAGUGCAUUUCAGUCUCUCACAGGGUAUUUUGUAAUCAUUAUUUUUUGCUGGUAUUUUGUUACCAAAAUUUAGCCCAAAUUCAAACAUGAUAGGGGCCACGUUGAUAGUGUACGUAUCAUUCUGGAUUUCCCUGCUAAGAGCGGGUU